AUGUCAGAUGACAUACCUAACAAGCAACGGCGAGCUUUUGGAUUUCCCAGUAUGAAUUUCAAAGAAGAUGAGCUGCAACAUUAUACUUUGAUCGAGAUAGAACAGAUCCUCCACCAACAUGAAUGGUUACUCAUGGACUUCAAUGAUAUGCCUAAACCUGAUUUAAAAGUCCUAAAAGAAUUAGGCAACAACUUAUGGCGACAAGAACAACAAUACGACGUUAAAAAAGAGGGAGAAGAACAUCAUAAACUGUUCAACCAACUUAAUCCAGAACAACAAAUUGUCUACAAGGCAGUUUUGGAAUCCGUAUACAACAAUAUGGGACAACUAUUCUUCCUCUAUGGAGCUGGGGGAACUGGGAAGACAUUUGUCUACAAGACAAUAAUCUCCAAAUUAAGAUCAGAGAAACGGAUAGUCCUACCUGUUGCUUCAUCUGGCAUUGCAGCGUUGCUUCUCCCAGGUGGAAGGAAAGCCCUUUCAAGGUUCAAGAUCCCUCUAAUCGUUACUGAAGAUUCCAUUUGUGAAAUUAAAAAAGGUACCAUGCUUGCAGAGCUACUAAUCAAAACUAACUUGAUCAUAUGGGAUGAAGCACCGAUGUCUCAUCGACACACAUUUGAGGUGCUCGACAGAACAUUGAGAGACUUUCUUUCCACAGAAGACUCUUCAGCGAGCGAAAAACCUUUUGGCGGAAAGACGGUCCUACUAGGUGGAGACUUUCGGCAGAUCCUCCCUGUGAUACCGAAUGGAACCAGAGCCGAUACAGUUGGAGGAGAAGCAAAAGAAUACUUAAGCUCACAUAGCAUAGGCAAAGAGGAUACAGUGGGAGCAGAUUAUGAAGCACUAUAUCCUGUAGAGUAUUUAAACUCUUUAGAGUUCCCUGGUUUGCCCAAGCAUAAGAUAACUCUCAAAAAAGGAGUCCCAAUAAUGCUUCUACGGAACAUAAAUCAAAAGGAAGGAAUGUGCAACGGUACAAGAAUGAUAGUCACUAAUUUAGGAGAAAUAGUGAUAGAAGCUGAAAUAGUAACAGGAACGCAUGUUGGGAAGAAGGUAUUCAUACCAAGGAUUAUUUUAUCACCCCCAUAA